AUGGGAGUGCUCAAACAUGUCCUUUUUAUCUGUGCAGUGUCUGUGAGUGCCGCUUUUGUUGGGGCUGAAACGCAAGAUAAUAAGACCGUUGGUCUCAAUGCUACGGGACAAAAACCACAGAUAGAGUACACUGCGUCACAAACACACCAAUCGAUAAUCUUGACUGAAGAUCAAAAGAUCCACAUCAAAUCUUUAUUAGGAGAUGAUGUUUUCGCAAGAUCUGUACUUCCACUCAAAGAGCUGACUGAGGUAAAUUCUCAAUCUACCAAGCUAGGUAAAAUUUGGAAAUGGCUCUUGAAUAACCAUAAUGGCCCAGUUGUUUUUGAAAAGCAAUUGAUGUUCAAGGACAGUGUCGUGUUUAUGCCAGAUGGAAGCUCCGCUCCCGUGGAUCUUCAAAGUAUUCAGGAGGUGCGGGACUUUUUCGAAGAUGAAUUGAACAAAGUCCUGAGGUAUUGCAUGUUUCGGAGGCAGACAGAGUACGAAAUUCUGGAAGCCAAAGAAAUUGUGGAAACCACAAUAUCCCCGUGUACCAAAUACCAAUAUGGUAGAUUCUUUCACAAAGAGCAAUACGUUGUUGGAAGAUUAGAGAUGUAUGAAGAUGCUGUAGUACCUUCAACAUAUGAUUCCACUAUUAUACAAGACCUUAUUCAAGACGAAUUCCGGUUGUCUCCACGAUUGUCUUCUUCCAAAAAGAUCAAGAUCAAAUGUCCUAUCACACCUCAAACUCCGUUCGGAUCAUCCACUGCAGUAAUCAAGCGAGUUGUCGCAAUUGUAAGGAAAAAAACAGUGUACUUCAAUAACUGCGACCUAUUCCCUCGUAUUGAAGAAGAUUGGAGUCAACCUCGUAAACUGUUUUUCACAUUUGACGAAAACGAUGUGCAACUCACCUGUCAAACGAGCGAAGAUGAUUCAAUAUGCGGAAAAGACAGUAAUCCCCUCUCGGAUAACAUAUUGCUCAUAGAUUAUGAACUUAAAUCAUGGCAGCUAAAGUUCAAUCGUUUAAUAAGUUCAUAA